AUGGGAUACGGAGACGAUGAUAGAGAAAACUACAACUCUGAAAAGAGAAAUCAAUAUGGAAACCCUGACAACAAAGACCGAGGAUUAUUUGACAGUGAGAAUUUAAGCAGUGGAUUGGCCACCACCGGAGGAGCCUUAGCAGGAGCUGUUGGAGGAUACUUUGCCGGUAAAAAGCUCGAAGGAGAAAAUGAUGGAGGAAGCUAUAAGGGAGAAGUUCUUGGAGCCAUCAGUGGAGCUGUCGCAGGAGGAUUCCUUGGAAACAAAACUGAAAGCCAUUUCAAUAAGAGAGAUGAUAGAGACAAUAGAGAUCGCAGAGAUUACAGAGAUGGUAGAGGUGACAGAGACUUUUAA